UGCAAACUUAAAACAGGACAGCAACAACACGAAAAUAAUGACUUCAAGUGGCAGCAGCAGCAGUACAACCUCGCCGAAUACAUCACCUCGUCAAAGAAAACGUUCAACACGAACGAAUAACAGUUCCCUAACAGCAGCAACUAAACGUCUGAGUAAUAAAAAAGUGAUUAUACCCCUAGAACAAGGUUGUGAGGACAAUUGGACCUGGAGUAGGCGGCAUCGAUCGAAAGAAGUGGUAUUGAGUGGCACAAAUGAUCGUACCGUACACUUUCAUCCCAACUGGAGUAAAGGUACCGCUGGUGUUCAGGGUAAAAGACCCCUUAAUAAUGGACGUUUCUAUUGGGAACUACAUGUAUCGCAGAGAAUUUUUGGCACUAGCAUAAUGUUUGGCAUAGGAACGCGUAGGGCACGCCUGCAUGCCAAUUCAUUUCGCAAUAUUUUGGGUGAAAACGAACAUGGCUGGGGUUUAUCCCACAAGGGUGUGUUGUGGCACAAAGGUGUGGCUCUAUUAUACACAGAUCGUUUUAAAGAGAAUCAAGCCACUGUGGUGGGCAUAUUAUUCGAUGGCAUCGAGGGCACCUUAACCUAUUACAAGGAUGGCAAAUGUUUAGGUGUUGCUUUUCGGGGUUUAGAUAAGAUCAAGGAACCCUUAUAUCCCAUUGUUUGCUCAACAGCCGCCAAAACUGAAAUGACUUUAAAUAGUACACGCAGUGAUAUUGGUCAUUUACAAGAUCGUUGUCGUGCCGAAGUUAUGAAACACAUUAAGUCCCGACAAGAUCUUGUAAAACUUAAAUUACCUUCAAUUAUAACAAAUUAUUUAAGCGAAGCCUUUAAUGAUAAUGUUCCACUGCGUCAGGUAGACAACUAUGAUAUGCUUUAUGAAUUUUAGAAAGUUUUAUUAUUAGUAGUACAUGCAGGGCAAAACCAAAUAACCAAAAGAUAACUGUUUCAAAUCAACUUAAAUUUAUAUAGAAAACCGUGAAGCUUACAGUGCCAUUUCAAGAGAAAAAAACAAACAAAUAUUUUCAUACCGCAGACAUGAUUUGCUCUUAAAUUGUAUUAUAUAGAGGCUGCAAAAUAUAUUAAAAAUACAAAUAGUAUUAAAGUCCAAAAGAGUUGGGUCUCGAAAGUCAGUGGUAGAUCGAAAAAAUCAUUGAUUUUGAAAAUCCAGAUCAGUAAAGGACUUUCAAGUUGCACCGUUUUCUAUGAGGAUAGCAUUGGAUUGCUUGACAUCUCUGAAUGACUGUAUUAGAUAUCUGGCUCAGUGGAAUGAUUUUCUAAACAGACACGCUUGAUUUUCUGGGUUUUUGGAAUCUUUUAGGGAUACACUGACAGUUAUUUGAGCCUCAUCCACAUGCCAUAGCAAAACUCAAACAAUUGAGUCUUUAAUAAUAGAUUUUUCAUGUACCCAAACUAGUGAAUUUUUAAAGAACAUUUCUCUUUACCGCGUUGGAAAUACACCACAGGAAAACAGGGAGAAGAGUGAAGUGACUAGACCUCAGACUACCAGGAACCCUAAAGGCACAAUCCAGUCUGAACUAGAAUGUCUUUGUAUUAUAAAGCGUGGCUAAGCCAAACCUGAAGAAUGAUUUAACCUGCUAAUCAUUCUUCAGGCAUUCGGAAGAUCGUAGUACUUUUGAUGAUCAAUAAGUUGCGCGUGAAAGAGCCGAUUUCAAUUGCGUUUCAUAGGAAGUUCCAUAGAGUUACUAAUGGAUUUCACUUAGUAGCAUAAAUCAAGUUCGAAGAAAAACUUAUGAAGAAUUACCGCAUCAGUAUUUGAUCGUUUGAUGAUCAUGAUCGAGAGUACUUAUAGAGAUAUGGAUGGAUUACACUUUGUAUUAUAAAUGAAGAAAAACUUAUGAAUAAUUACCGGAACAGUAUUUGAUCGCUUGGUGAUCAUGAGUGAAUCUUUUUGUCUACUUUUGAUGAUCAAUACGUUACGCUUUUGAAAUAGAAAUCGAAAAUGAUUUUCAAUGAUGCUUAUCAGAAAAGAUCCUCAUGAAGGAUUCGAUUUCGAUUACGUUUCAUAGGAAGAAAAUUUGAAUCGUUUGGUGAUCAUGAGUAAGUUUUUUUAACUACUUUUUAUAAUCAAUAAGUUGUCAUGAUGGCUCUUCAUAGAUUAGUCGAGUAUAUAAUAGUUCGAUUACUUUCGAUAGGAACAAAAUUGAUCAGUGAUCAGUGCUCGUUCAACAUAGGAAUCGAAUGUUUGGUAAUCAUGAAUGAGUCUUUUCAACUACUUUGAUAUAGGAAUCGAAAAUGGUUUUCAAUGAUGCUUAUCAGAAAAGAUCCUCAUGAAGGAUUCCAGUGGAAGAUUCGAUUUCGAUUACGUUUCAAAGGAACAAAAUUUUAAUCGUUUGGUGAUCAUGAGUGAUUAUCAACUACUUUUUAUAAUCAAAAAGAUGCGCUUUUAAAAGAGGAAUCGAAAAUUAUUUUCAAUGAUGCAAGAAAGAUCCGCAAGAUGGAUCCUCAUAGAGGAGUCGAGUAUAUAAUACAUAUUACGAUUACUUUCGAUAGGAACAAAAUUGAUCAGUGAUCGUUUAACAGAGGAAUAUAAUAUGAUUUUGUUUGAUGAUCAAUCAGUUGCUGGCUUCAGAUAGCUAUCGAUAGGUAUAAAAACGAUCUACAACUUUUUUUCUAAAACAAAUAACUGUUUUAUCAUUUGCGCAAUUAAAGAAAGGACUUGAGUACUCCCAAAAUCUUUCUAGAAAGUUUUUUUAGUGUAUACCAACUACCGAUCUAGAUUAAAAACAAUGAUUUUUUUAAAUCCUACACUAGCUAUUCGAGCAAUUUGGAAAUUAUUUCAGUUUUAUAGAAGACAAAAAAGCUUCAAAAUUGUAUUAUAUAGAUAUCCCCCAGAAAAAUAUGCUUAAAUAAUUAAAAGUAUAUUCAAAUACUAGUCAUUUACAAAAAAGUAAAAACUAAAAUAGUCAAAUAAUAUUUUAUUUUUAUAUUUAUAAUUAAUUAACUAAUAAUUAAACAUAAAAGACAGGCCAAUUUGGUGCAAUAUUGUGAUAUAAGUUGUAUUAUUUUGUUAUUAUUUGAAUUGUUUAAUUAACUGAUUUUGCUUAUUUAAAAAAAGUAUGCAAUUUUAAAUAAAACUAGACAAAUUAUUUUUAUUUAAUUUUAAAAAUUAUAAUUUUUCGUAAAAUAUAUUAAGAACAAAAAAAAAAAAAAACAAAAUUCCUUUUUAGAAUAUACAACAGGCCUAUACUGAAUAAUAAUAUCCCGGGGAAUUUGUUUUCUCGGGGAAAUAUUGCUCAUAAAUGGCAUGACUAAGUUAUUUUGCAUUUAAUUUGCUGUAAUUUUGAUAAAAACAAAGAAAACAUAUUUUGUUUUUAAAUUUCGUAUAUAUGUUAAAUUAAAGGAAAAAAGUCAAAAACUAAUUUCUUGAAAGAAAGGCAUCUAUCUAGUCAUUUUAGCUGUAUAAUUAUUUUCUAAACUAGUCAAAGAAAUAUAUAUAAACUAUAUAUGUAUACACAACUAUUUAAGUUUUAUGUAUUGAAGAAAUAAAUAAUUAUUGUUAAAAAAA